UCUAGUGGGAGAACUGGUUAUAAAGAGCAGAGCAUCAGUUUCAUGCAGCGUCAAACAGCCACUUCUUCAGGUGAACUCCUCUCUGACUUUGUCUCUCAUCAGUUUUAUUUCAUCAGGUUUUGAGUUAUAAAGAAACUCCACAAUGACUCCAAAUGUUUCCUGCCUGCUGUUUCUUUUGAUGGCCGACAUGUCUCUGAGUGCACCAGCUAAAAAUCAGGAUCCAGUUGAUAAGUCUGACAACAUCCUCGAAGUCGUCCCAAGACCCAAAGUUCAAUUUCUUCCAGAAACAUUCAUACUGCAAGGCGACAUCGCGGUUCCUAAAGCUACCAGCAGGAAUGCCGACUCCUGCACUCUGAAAGGCUGCAAGUGGCCCAAGCGUGGAUCCUACGUCCGUGUGCCCUACUACAUCUCUACUAACUAUACUCAGGAAGAACGCAACGUUAUUCUUGAAGGACUGAAGAGCUUUGAGCAGACCACCUGCAUUCGCUUCGUCCCGUACAGGAACAAAGAUCGGGACUUCAUCUACUUCGACUCAAAGGAUGGGUGUUGGUCCUACUUAGGACGUCAGAAGAGAAGACAGUUCAUCUCCCUGAAUAAAGAUGGCUGCUUGUCCCGCCGCACAGUUCAGCAUGAGGUUCUUCACGCCCUGGGUUUCAACCAUGAGCAGGUCCGCUCCGACAGAGACCGUUACGUUUUGAUUUAUCACCAAAACAUCAAGCCAGGAAAAGAGAACAAUUUCCAAAAAAAAGUGACCAACAACUUGGGGACUCCCUACGACUUCAAGUCCGUCAUGCAGUACGGAAGAUAUGCAUUCUCCAAAAAUGGGUUGCCUACCAUCGUUGCCAAGUCCGAUUCUAAGUGGGACUGGGGGCGAGCCACUGAGAUGAGUGUCAACGACAUCGCCCGCGUCAACAAGCUUUACAAAUGCAAAUAAAAUGUCUUGAAGAGAUCAGCUCAACAACAGCCAAGAAUCUUUCUGCUGCAAGAAUAUUUUCUAAUCUGUUAAAUAAAAUAAAACCUGGCAGCAUUUUUAGAAAGAUCUAGAGCCACCUGCUGGUCAAAGCUUGCAUUGCAUCUCCUCUUAAUGGGAGGUUUCUCACCCAGAUUCAUAAAUAGUUUUGAUUUGAAUUUGCUUUUUGCUUUAUGCUUUGCAGAGAGGCUGGAAUGAAAUCAUGGCUUUGGUUAUAACUGUAUGUGUUUUUAUUGACGGGCAAAAUAUCUUCAUUACAGAAUUAAAGGCUUCUAGAGAUGGAUAAAAUGAAUCCAUUUUUGCUGGUUGUUUUUUAAGCUGUCAGUUGAAUAAAGUUCAACAUCUGUG